AUGUUCUCUUCAGUGGUACCUGUGUCAGUAUUACAGUAGGGUGAUGUCUGCUUGGUCUUAUAGAUUAUCCCUUUAUAAUUGUCUUUAAGAGAACAGUAAACACGGAGAGAAGAGCAUAUUUUGUUCUAUUAGUUUACUAGUAUUAUUUUCGCUUGGUUCCCUAUUGAACUAUAUGUUGCUCCAACUCGUUUGUUACCAUCCUCCACUUAGGUUCGAAUAUUGUCUUUGUAUUUUAAGAAGUUCGUCAUAAAGCUCCUGUGCCAAUGAGUAUCCGACUCCUAGGGGCAUGUCCACUUUGCGCAUGUAUUUUGGUUAACAGGUUCCAUCCCUUCUCUCUCCCCCACUUUAUUGUUAAAUGAAAAUCCUGAGCGCCAGUGACACGUGGUUCAUAGUCUCUUGAUAAUGAGCCCCGUCCUAUAUCCUUUUCUACUUAAAUGCCAAGCUUUUAUCUGUUGUAGGUUUGAACCUGUAAUGUGUGCCUAACUAACAUACCACACCCUGCAUUCUUACCACUAAACCAAAGCACUGGGAGCCGACCGAUUGCAUGCCCUCCAAUAAUUGUGUUUACCAAAACAAAGUACCGGUCCACUUUUAUCUCUUUCUAAUUGGAAAUGUCAUGUCUUUAAGAUUUGGAUCUUUUUUUUAUUUUUUGAGAUUCCAACCAUGAGCAUCCCAGACUUCUCCUACUGUGGCGUCUUGUUGUUGAUUCAGGCUGAAGAUAAUCGGGAAAAGUUGCUUCACUGGAUGUUGACCUUACCAGAAAGAUGUUUUCAAACCAUUACCCACUUGAUGAUUGCACUUGUGAAUUCUUCCCCCAAGUUUCUGAUAGACCUCCAUAGACAGACUCCAUAAGGUGUAGUGACUAAUUUGGUUGUCCAUUCCCCAUCCAUUUCAUACUUUUGACUAAUUACUUUUUUCCAGAGAGAUUGUUCAUUCGAGCCGAACCUCCAUAACCAUUUCAUCAAAAGACUAUGGUUCUGAGCUUUAGGUUCUUGAUUUCCAUACCACCAGACUGACUUCCAUUUGACCAAAUGUAUCUUCCUGGUAUAACAGUUGCCUUGCCAAAGGAAGUUUCUUCUAAGAGCAUCUAUCACGUUUGUUGGAACACGAAAAAAUGGACAUCAUAUAAGUUUUAAUGCAUCCAACACUGUAAAUCAAGAUAAAUCUAUUAUCCAAAGAUAAGUAUUGACUCUUCCAGUUAAUCAGCUUUUUCUCACACUUCCCUAUGACUCCAUUCCAGAUAUCUUUAGAAUUGCUUUUGGCACCAAGGGGCAUGCCAAGGUAAAUGGUUGGCAGAAACACCAGUUCUUCCUCCCAGAAUAUUAGCCAAGUUGUGAAUGUCAGGGACCUCAUCAACGGGGAUAUAGAAAACUCUUGCUCCAGUUAAUUUGGAGCCCAGAUAUAGCUUCAAAAAGAAUGAUAAUCACCCUCAAAAAUCUUAUUUGUCCUCUAUCAGCUCCACAGAAAACUAAAGUAUCAUCGGCGUAUAGUAAAUGAGUGAUUUCAAGGUUAUUGACGGCCCUUGAAUCGACUCUAAAACCUGUUAGCCAGCUAUUUUUUGGGCAGUUUUCAUCAUAACUCUCCAUGGCAAUGAUUAAUAAAAAAGGGGAGCCUUAAUCCUCUCUGAGAAGAGAAGAAUCCAGUGGGUGAGCCAUUGACUAGGAUUGAGAACUUGAUGGUGCUGAUGCAAUAGCUGAUCCAGUUGACCCAUUUUUCUCCAAAACCCAUUUUCAUCAUAGUCUUAGUAGGAAAUUCCAGUUCAAGUGGUCAAAAAGUCUUUUGUAUAGCUAGCUUGCAAAGGACACCAGGUUCUUUUUGUUUCUGAUUGUUGAGCCAACACAUUCAUUGGCUAUAAGAAUUGCAUCCAUGAUCUGUCUCCCUUUUAUACAGGCCAUUUGUUGAUCAUCCACCAGCUUGUGCAUCACUUUUUUGAGUCUCUCAUCAACAAUUUUUAGAUAAUCUUGUAAAUGCUGCCUAUAAGACUAAUAUGCCUGAAAAUUUUCAAUUCUUUAGCUCUCACCUUCUUGGAAUCAACACAACAUAUGUAGCAUUGAAACUUGUCUCUUUCGUGGAAGUUUUGAAUAGUAGGAAUGACCUCCGUAUUCACUACUUCCAACAGUGUUUGAAAAAAGCCAUUGUGAAACCAUUCUGGGCCAGGUGCUUUAUCCCCAGCACACUCUAGGACACUGGACCAUAUCUCUUGCUCUUCAAAUGGACUUUGUAGCAUCAGAUUAUCUUGUGGAAGAUUUGGAUCAUCUUUACUGAAUUUGAACAUCUUUAGAAGCUUGGAUUUUAACUUCGUACAGCUGAAGUUUGGAGAAACAACUAUUGGGGCUGUGUUUAAGUGGUGGGUUUGGACUAUAUUGCACUUACAUAUUUGGGUGUGAGUGCAUGAGAGAGAGAGAGGGAGGAUCAGUUGUGGAGGGAUGGGGAAGCGAGAAGAACUCUAUUUUUAGUGUUGCUAAUAAUAUUAAAGCUGUUCUUGAUUAUAUUUCUUAGAAGUGUUGGUUUUGCAAGUACGAUCUCUUCUGUUGACCGUUUGGUGCUGGUAGAGGAUUGCCUUGUCGGCUAAGUCACAUGAAGCAAUAGUCCUGCCGUUUCUGUAGAGUUUCUCGUCCGAAGAAAAUGUGCACCCUUCUAUUGCUAAUAAUAUUAAAGCUGUUCUUGAUUAUAUUUCUUGGAAGUGUUAGUUUUGCAAGUACGAUCUCUUCUGUUGACCGUUUGGUGCUGGUAGAGGAUUGCCUUGUCAGCUAAGUCACAUGAAGCAAUAGUCCUGCCGUUUCUGUAGAGUUUCUCGUCCGAAGAAAAUGUGCAUCCUUCUUUCAAUAGUUCGUACUUAAUUUACUCAAAUUGAAUGGUCUAGAGUAGACUGAAAAAUGAUUAUUGAAUUAAUAAUGUUCAGUCAAAUUGAAAGGUUCAUAAAGACUAUCUAUGAUGCUGAUAGCUUAAGCUGCAAACCACGGAAAUCAGGCCAAAUUGAAAUGAGAUUUAUUGAGGUACCAUUUGGUGCUACCUGGGUGGAGGCCACCAUGAGGACAUAUGGGUUUGAUACGGCUAGAAGAUUCUUCAUAGAUACUGUUCAGCUUUUCCCAUUGCAAAGGCCCAUUAAGUGGGAAAGCGUGGCCACAUUUUCAUCACCUUCAUCCAAAAACUUUGCGUUUCGAGUGGAGGGUGGUCAGACAAUGGAACUAGCAAUAGCCCAAUGUUGGUUCAGUGGCAUAGGCAGUCAUGAAACAACUAUUGUUGAUUUUGAGAUCGCAUUCCGUGGUAUAAACAUCAGCAAAGAGGAAGUAGUUCUUGAUGGAAGCGAAGCACCUGUGAGGAUUGAUGCUGAAGCUCUUCUGUCAACUGAAAAACUUGUCCCUUCUGCUGUGCUCAACAAGAUAAGAGUUCCGUAUCAUUUGUUUCAUUUGUUUACUCCGACGAGAAUCUCAUUCCUCCAUUCAUCUUAA